UCUCCCAUGCCGGGAGGAAAGCCGGCCUCCGACUCGGAUGUCUGAGGAGCGGGCUCGGACUCGGUCCAGAUUCAGGUUGCACUGGAACAUUUACAGACGCUUUGAUAGGGGAUUUACACCUGGAACAUCUCCGAAGUCUUCCUAGCACCCUGCUAGUGGCCUACUAUACAGUCUCAUUUAAUGUCCACAAAAAGAAUUACAUGGAGUAGCUGCACGAGGCCACUCACCGGACUCGGUGAAGGAUGCCAGUCUGGGAGAAUUUUGAUGGGACAGUGUCCUCCUUCUACAGUGUGUUCUAUUCCUCCUUUGCAAUCUCAGAAAAAAUGGUACUGAAAGAAAAUAUUUUGUGAAAUAAGGAGAUCCUUUUCCGUUUUUAAUGACCAACAUGUAUUACGAGGGACAUCUGUUCUACAAAAUACAAAGUUCUAUGGUCUCAAAGAAGCAAGUGCCCAUUUAAAACUGAUCCUAAUUAAAAACAGGCCUGAAUGAACUUGAGGAUGUUUGUUAGUGGCAGAAGAGUCAAAAAAUGGCAGUUUGUUCAGUUAUUUGCCACUUGUUUUAUACUAAGCCUCAUGUUUUUUUGGGAACCAAUUGAUAAUCACAUUGUGAGCCACAUGAAGUCCUACUCUUACCGAUACCUCAUCAAUAACUAUGACUUUGUGAAUGACACCCUGUCUCUUAAGCACGGCUCCGAUGGGGCUCGCUACCCGUACUUGAUUAACCAUGAGGAGAAGUGUCAAGCACAAGACGUCCUCCUUUUGCUGUUUGUAAAGACUGCUCCCCAAAACUACAAUCGACGUUCUGCAAUUAGAAAAACAUGGGGCAACGAGAGGUAUAUUCAGUCUCAACUUAAUGCCAACAUCAAAACUCUGUUCGUCUUAGGAACUCCUAAUCCGCUGAAGGGAGAAGAACUGCAGAGAAAAUUGAUUUGGGAGGAUCAAAUGUACAAUGAUAUCAUUCAGCAAGACUUUGUUGAUUCUUUCUACAAUCUUACUCUUAAAUUACUUCUGCAGUUCAGUUGGGCAAAUACCUUUUGUCCACAUGCCAAAUUCCUUAUGACUGCUGACGAUGACAUAUUUAUCCACAUGCCAAAUCUUAUUGAAUACCUUCAAAGUUUGGAACAGAUUGGUGUUCAGGACUUCUGGAUUGGUCGUGUUCAUCGUGGUGCCCCUCCCAUUAGAGACAAAAGCAGCAAAUACUAUGUCUCCUAUGAAAUGUACCAGUGGCCGGCUUACCCUGACUAUACUGCUGGAGCUGCCUAUGUCAUCUCCAGUGACGUAGCCACCAAAGUCUAUUCAGCAUCACAGACACUAAAUACUAGUCUUUACAUAGACGAUGUGUUCAUGGGCCUCUGUGCCAAUAAAAUGGGGAUAGUACCACAGUACCAUGUGUUUUUUUCUGGGGAAGGCAAAACUCCUUAUCAUCCCUGCAUCUAUGAGAAAAUGAUGACAUCUCAUGGACAUGUACAAGAUCUUCAGGACCUUUGGAAGGAUGCCACAGAUUCUAAAGUAAAAACCAUUUCAAAAGGUUUUUUUGGUCAAAUAUACUGCAGGUUAAUUAAGAUAGCUCUCCUUUGCAAAUUGAGCUAUGUGGAUACAUAUCCUUGUAGGGCUGCAUUUGUCUAAUAGUACUUGAAUGCUGUAUUUUUUUUUUUUACUGUCACUGAGCCAAACCUGAAUGAAAAACCUUUAAAUGUUUGUCUGUACCCUAAGUAAAAGGAAUAUGAAAGACAAAGAAAUAUUUUGAAAGCCUAGUCUAUCAAAAUGUUUCUUUGAUUCUAGAAGCUGUUCAGUAUAACUUAUCUACUUCAAUGCCUAAAUUCAUUUCAAGGAAUUUUUUAUUUACAGAAUGUUUGUAUGAACGAAAACAAAACUAAAGGGAAAUUCAAGUUCCCAUUUAAUGCCACAUGUAUAAUUGAGGUAUGGAGAAGUUAUUAAGAAGCCU